CAGCUUGACAAGAGUUAUAACGCGCUUGAAUCUAUUCUUCUUACAAGCCUUUAUAAGCCGCUUCAACGAGUAGGAGAAUAUCAGUAAUCCCAUAUUACUUGUUAAAUCUUCCUCUCUCCCAAUACCUGUUAAUACCUUCCUCUCUCUACCAAGAAAACUUUUUUAAAUGAAAUUAUUAAUUUCUAUCUUCAUUGGCUUUUUGGCCAUUUCUAUAUCCUUACAAGAUGAUGUAGCAACACCAGCUGCCGAGUUUCCUGAUUUCUGUAGCAAUCCAAGUCUUAACAAGAACGCAAAAGUGAAAGCUUGCUGUGAGGCAGUUACAGAGGCAGCAAAUGCUGGAACAUAUAAAGGUGCAGAUGGACCAGUACCGGAUAAAUGUACUCUAAAGAGUUGUGGACGUAGAUGCCAGAAAGCACAACAACCGAAAGUGAGUCUUCAGAAGAAUGUGAAUGUGGAGAUUCAGAGGAUGAAACUACAACAGAAGCUCCACCAACUCCACGAAACCCAUACCCAUCUGGACCAGAACCUACUCCAAAACAACCUGGAUAUCCCCAAGCACCAGCAUCACCAACUCCACGAAACCCAUACCCAUCUGGACCAGAACCAUCUACACCAGGAGGACAAGUAG